CUGCCUAAUGGCUGAGUAAGCCGCCCGCUGAUUGGCCGGCCGGGCGCUGUGUGAGCGUAGUGACGGAAGGGGGGCAUAUGGCGGAGGGAUGUUCCCGGGCCCUGUUUAAAUAAAAACAGCCGGACAUUUCCUCUGCUGUCUCCCUCCUCCGGAAUCUCCGGCCUGGGUUGCUGGUGAAGGCGGGCACCGGUGGAGCGGAGGAGUCCCGGGGGAUUAGACCGUGUGAGAGAAUAUGAAACAGGCUUCAACAUGACGUCCAGGUUUGGGAAAACAUACAGCCGCAAAGGUGGAAAUGGAAGCUCCAAAUUUGAUGAAGUUUUCUCCAAUAAACGAACCACUCUUAGUACAAAGUGGGGUGAGACCACAUUUGUGGCCAAAGUAGGUCAGAAGAGGCAGAAUCACAAACAAGAAGUCGCAGAUACUCCUAAAAAGCCUAAAAUUGAUGAUGAUGACCCCUCAGAGGAUCCAUUUGGAUUUGAUAGUGAUGACGAGUCAAAGCCAGUAUCAUCGAAAAAUAUUUCACAGCCCAAGGGCGCAAGUCAGCAGUCUCUAGAACGUUUGGGGGUCUCCGUUUCUGAAAACUCAGCCCCUUUAUUUGAAGAAAACAGUAAGACAGACCAUGCCAUUUCUGCUGAAACCACAGUGUCUUGCAGGUUUUCUUUUGAUAGCACUUUGCAUGGACUAAAAGAAAAAAAUGCUAACAAGGUCAUAGAGGAUGGUAAACGGCUGCACAGCUCCCAGAAGAAAACAGUCACAGGUAAUCUGCAUAGUUUUACAGAAGACAAAAAUAGUUAUUUUCCAAAAAAGACUGAAAAUGACAGCAAAAAAUCUUCAAGCACGUUACCUUCAGGCUUGUCUACAAAUUCCUACAACAGCAGCAAGCUACCUAUGGAGCCACUCAUCUCUAGUAGCAGCAAGCUACCUAUGGAGCCACUCAUCUCUAGUUUUGCCACAGAGACACAUGAUUGGGAUUCUGAUUAUCUAAGGGGGUCAGACUCUCUAGAACAAAAUGAGCAGAACCAAAGCUCUCAGAAUCUGUUGCUGUAUGAUUGGGAUGAACUGACCCAAGAAAAUUCGUUUGUUCCCAACCUUCUUUCCGAUGAGGAUGAAGGUAGUCAUUUUGAACCCAAAGCUGAAGAUGACAGUCAGCUUGCUAAAGAACAAAUGUAUGAUCCCGAAGAGCAAACUAGUGAGGAUGUGCUGCAAGGUGUCAAACUUGGUAAUUGUAGGACAUAUUGUAGAGCUACCAAGGCAAAAUCUUCACAAGGUUCCUCCAAUUUUGACAGACUUUUAGAUGGCUCAAGCUAUUCAAUGGCCAAAUCUAACAAUGCCACAGAAAGAGCAAGCACUGUGAAUAGAAGCAGUGGGCCCAAAACCACUGGACGGACUAGAGAUUAUACAGUUCUGCAUCCAUCUUGUCUCUCCGUAUGUAAUGUUACCAUCCAGGAUAGCAUGGAAAGGGGUAUAGAUGAGUUAACUGCAAGUCCUUCAACAGAUUUAGGAGAAGCAGGGCGGCUUAGAAAGAAAGCCGAUCUUGCAACAGCAAAAACAUCCACACGAUUUCGUCCUGGCAAUACCAAGUCCAAAAAAGAUGCCAAACUGGAGUUCUUUGGUUUUGAUGACCAAGAAGAUGGCUGCAGUGAGGAAGGAGGUUCUAAGCCAUUUGGGCAGUCAAGCUAUAGAAUUAAAUAUUUUGGCUUUGAUGACUUGAGUGAAAGUAGUGAUGAUGAUGAUGAUGAGGAUGAAGAUGAUUAUGAUGGUUGGCAUCAAAAAGAAAGGAAGUCGAAGAAGAAAGCAAUGAGUGCAGAUGUCUCAUUUAUGUCUGAUAUGCCAAGCUCGGGAGUCGAUAAACAUGUGCAGAAUAUUGCUUCAAAUAAUAUUGACAAAAAGCCCACCAUUCAAACAAGCAGCAGUUCAGACCCAAGCAAAAACGAAGAGUCUGGAGACGAUCUGUUUGCUAUGCCUGAAGUCUUCAAAAAGCCUGCAAGUAGACAAGGAGAUAAAAGCAGAGAUGGAGCUCGAAAGAUAUUCAGUGGACCCAAACGGUCUCCAACAAAAGCGGUCUAUAACGCAAGACACUGGAACCAUCCAGAGUCUGAGCUCCCAGCUGUACAAGGUGUUAAAGCUCCGUCUGCACCAGCAAAGCCAUUGGAGGCGCCAUGUCCAAAGGAUGAUGGUGUUUUUAAGGCACCUGCUCCACCUCCUAAAGUGAUUAAAACUGUGACUAUUCCCACCCAACCCUAUCAGGACAUAGUGACUGCACUGAAAUGCAGAAAGGAGCAUAAGGAACUGUACACUGUUGUUCAACAUGUGAAGCACUUCAAUGAUGUAGUAGAGUUUGGAGAGAAUCAGGAGUUCACGGAUGAUAUCGAGUACUUGCUGAGUGGGCUUAAGUGUAACCAGCCCAUAAACACGCGAUGCCUUAGUGUAAUAAGCCUGGCAACAAAGUGCGCAAUGCCAAGUUUCCGAAUGCACCUGAGAGCACAUGGAAUGGUAGCCAUGGUCUUUAAAACACUGGAUGACAGUCAGCACCACCCGAAUUUAGCUCUCUGUACUGCUGCGCUAAUGUAUAUACUAAGCAGAGACCGCUUAAAUAUGGACCUUGAUAGAGCUAGCCUGGACCUCAUGAUACGACUUUUAGAAAUGGAGCAAGAUAUCACACCUAAGCAUAUGAAUGAGAAAGAUAUGAAUAAAAUAAAGGAGAAAAUUCGCAAGUUGUGUGAAACUGUUCACAACAAGCAUCUCGACUUUGAGAAUAUUACGAGUGGUCAUUUAGCAAUGGAGACAUUACUGUCCCUCACAUCUAAACGAGCAGGAGACUGGUUUAAGGAGGAGCUGAGACUUUUAGGAGGACUGGACCAUAUUGUAGACAAGGUUAAAGAAUGUGCGAAUCAUCUUGAUGACAAUGAUGAAAAUGAAGCAAAAUUAGUUGCAUAUUUAUGGGGAGCUGAACGAUGCUUAAGGGUUCUGGAGAGUGUUACAGUGCAUAAUCCUGAAAACCAGAGUUACCUAAUUGCAUAUAAAGACUCCCAGCUCAUAGCGGCUUCAGCAAAAGCCCUUAGACACUGUGAGCAGUUCAUUCAGAGGUAUAACAGAGCUGAAGAUACUAUCUGCAUUCCUCACAACGAAACACUCCCUCACCGUGGUCCAAGCAGCAAUGUGGGAAAAGCCGUGGAGGAUUGUAUGAGGGCAAUCAUUGGUGUGCUGCUCAAUUUAACAAAUGAUAAUGAGUGGGGCAGUACAAAGACAGGUGAACAGGACAAUCUAAUAAGCACUGCGAUGAACUGCGUUCUUCAAGUUCCAAGGUUCCUACCUCAAGAACAGAGAUUUGAUAUUCGAGUUUUGGGAUUGGGCCUACUAAUUAAUUUAGUUGAGUAUAGUGCAAGAAACCGGCAUUGCCUUGUGAACAUGAAAACAACAAAAUCAUAUGAUUCGUUUUGUGAGUCGGAAGAGGAUUCUGAUCAAAUCUAUGCAGUUCCUGCAUUGGUACAGCUUUUCCUUGAGCGGGAGCGAGCAGCCCUGUUAGCGGAAAGCCAGACAGAUGAGUUAAUUAAAGAAGUUCCUGCAGCACAACAGGACAAGAGCGGGGAAUGGCAAGAAAGUGGAGGUGAAAUCCAGUGGGUUCAAACUGAACCAAAUCCUAAUGCUAAUCCGGAAGAGCCAGAAAAGAAGGAGGAGGAAGAUGAAGAACUUGACCUUACUAAAGCACUUCAGCAUGCUGGGAAGCACAUGGAAGAUUGUAUUGUUGCCUCCUACACAGCUUUGCUUCUAGGAUGUCUUUGCCAGGAGAGUCCAAGUAAUGUGACUACUGUACGGAACAAUCUACCAGAAGGAGAUUUUUCAAUAAUGACCGAAAUGCUUAAAAAAUUUCUCGGUUUCAUGAACCUCACCUGUGCAGUGGGAACAACAGGCCAGAAGUCCAUCUCAAGGGUCAUUGAGUAUUUGGAACACUGCUAGAAUGCAUCAUCAUCAACAGACUUUUAUAAAUGCUGGAUAUACAACUCAUGUUAAAACGAAAAAAAAAUUCCCUGAAGACGCACUGUGUGCAGAUUAUGUGCUACUUACAUGGAAAUGGCAAACGGGACUCUGAUUUUUUGCAGAAUUAUUGAGCAUAUGUUUGCCGCAACAACCAGGUUUUAGCUGAGCAUACAGCAGCUUUUAAUUCCAAGGACCAGAGAUUCUGUAGAUGGAUAAGUGACCCGGCUGUUGUAAUCAUUGCAGUAUUUCGAUUCUUUUUGCGUUUUUAUAGAAUUCGAUGGGGUUUUCACUGCGUAUUUCCUCAAGUAGAGUUUGGUUAUGGCCAGUUAAAGGGAAAAAAAUUAUAAAAUUGAUGGAAAUUGCUGCUGUUCAUGCAACUGCUGUUUGCUAUCGAAUACUGCAUUCUAUGCCAGCCAGGUACAAAAACUGCACAGCCUGGGUGAAGUCUAAAAAAACAAAAACAUUUGGACAACGAGCUGCUUUUAUGUGGUUUUUUUUUUUUUCUUUUCUUUUUCUUAUCUUUCUUUUUUUCCUUUCUCCCACCCCCUCACCUUCCUGGUUUCUAAUAGGCUUUCAAUGCUUCCAAAAGUACAAGAGAUAAAUGUAUUUUUUAGUAUACUGUUGAUAGUUUUCUUCCUCGGCUACUCCCAUUUUAUACAUUUUAUUAGAUUGCUCCAAUCAUAAGUUUUUCAUAAAAUGUAUUUUCUGUAUAUGCACCCUCCCUUAUUUGCUUUUGUUAAUUUAAGACUUAUUGAUACCUGAAAGUAAUUAUGUUGUGAAAUUUGUAGAGCUCUGCGGCACCAAAUUCCAAAAGGCAGGCUGGUAGACCCUGGUUUUUAAGUGUGCCAGAGCAUGAAUACAAUUGGAAGUGCUUUUGUCAAUAGCUCAGUUGUACAUUAUGUGCCCAGUUAGUAAAUAGGGAUCUAUUUUUAUAUUUCUUGCGGUCCAUCUCAGGUGUCAUCUUGGACUAAUGUAAAUGAAAAGGGAUGUGCCCUUAGUUGACUUUUAGGGGGAGUUCAUCUUCCUCUAAUGCUUUUUUUGCCACUCGCAGUGUCUUGGGUGGCAUGGAGGAACAUGCCUUCAGCAGGCUUUGUAUUUUAACAUUUAGUCUCUUGUAACCUUUGCUGAAGUUGAGGUUUGCAGUACCUUGACAUUACCUGUUUUAAAGCUUUUAGUUGGCAUACAAGAACAGCAGACACUCUUUAUGAGAACAUUAAAAUGGCAAACGGCAGACAUGUUUGCCAGCACUAAUGUAGACUCUUCGGGAGCUCCCCAUCGAGAGUUUUCUUUGACGCUGGCAAAUAUUUUUAGAUGAGUAGCUUGAGGGUGAGGUACAUUCUGGCGUUAAGGCCUAUGCCCCUUUUGCUGUCGUCUUUGUGUACACCAGAGACUUUCUCUUUAAGGGUGCAUCUGAUGUCCACCAUAACAAAACAUUACUGUCUACCAAGAAGAUGUUAAUAAAGCCAUAUAGGUGAUCGACACCCAAUCUGCAUCUCUGCCUGCGUAGAAAAUGUUCAAGGAAGGUGGAGAAAUGCUGUAGGUAGUUUUGGCUUUUUGUACAAAAAAUAAAUAAAAAAUAGUUGAGGUUCUUAGCAAUAUUUAUGUGAAAAUGUUAAUAAAAUAUAUUCAGUUUUGAAAAUUCUUUUUAGAUCUACUAAUUUUGCACUUGUAAUCUGUACAAUUUUGAUAGCAAACGGAGGGUGGGAUGGGAAUAUAUGAAGGUUGUCAGUUUCACAUUGAGAAAUGUGAAAAGGUAAAACUAACUUUCCAAAGAGUGGCUUUAUCUUUACAGCUUUUUCUUUUUUCUUUUUUUCUUUUAUAUACAGAUUUAUUGUGCAGUUUAAUUUCUGGGCAAACCAGUGAUUUUGGAACUUUUUGCAAGGAACUUUUAUUUAUUUGGUUUGGGUACACAAGUGAUGUCGCCAUGAGAAGUGGUACUGGGCCUCAUUUAUUAAAAAUAAAUAUUUGAUUUUAGCCAGGGGCAGCCUCAGAGUUUAAAACACCCUCCUUUUGGGCGUUGAUCCUCCUUAUACCACUGCUGAGUUUUUAGUGUGGCGCCAACCUAUGGAAAAGCAAGUGGGUAGGGCCCUGAGACUUGCAAGAAUAGUCGGGAACAGCUGCAAGCACUCCAAGACACCCUUGUACAUUUUAUAUUGGGAUGUUGAUAAUCCCGUUAUAAUUAAGGGUAUGAGCAACUCAACCCAUACUAGUCACGAUCCCUCGUUAACUGGAGUGUUCUAUUGAAGGUAGCAAUCUUUUUAAUGUAUAUAAAUGAGGCACAGUGCUCCUAAUCCUCGCACACAUUGUUGAGCGUUUGAUAAGCAGCCAAAACUGAAGCUUGUUUUUAGCUGAUUCACAAUAAACAUUAGUGACUGAGGUCUCCCUUAA